GAGCAUGCGCGGGACUCCACUGCCUGUAUUGCUAUGGUAGCGGCGUCCGGGUGGGCCGGGCCUUGAAGCUCCUGGCCCUGUGGGGCCGCGUUUAUGGAGGACCUCACCUCCUGUCGGGCAUGAGCGGGGCCUCCUGCGGCUUUUCGCGCCGCUGCCGCAGCUUCCGGACGGUGGGCCACCUCCGGGAACAUGCCCCAGGCUACCUACUGCUACGUGCGGGUCGUGGGCCGGGGCAGUUACGGGGAGGUGACGCUCGUGAAGCAUCGGCGCGACGGCAAGCAGUGCUUGGAUUAAAAGCGUGUGACUCCCUAGAACUGGGAUUGAAGGUGUGAGCCACCACCACCUAGAUCUGUUUCUACAUUGAUCUUGCGUAGCCCUGGGUAGCCUUGAACUCACAGAGAUCCAUCUGCCUAUGUCUCCCAAAUCCUGGGAUUAAAGUAUGUCAUCAAAACACUGAACCUCCGAAAUGCCUCCAGCCGAGAGCGCCGAGCUGCGGAGCAGGAAGCUCAGCUCCUGUCUCAGCUGAAGCACCCCAACAUCGUCACCUACAAAGAGUCGUGGGAGGGAGGAGAUGGUCUGCUCUACAUUGUCAUGGGCUUCUGCGAAGGAGGUGAUCUGUACCGGAAGCUGAAGGAACAGAAGGGACAGCUUCUGCCUGAGAGUCAGGUGGUGGAGUGGUUUGUGCAGAUCGCCAUGGCUUUGCAGUAUUUACACGAGAAACACAUCCUUCAUCGAGAUCUGAAAACUCAGAAUGUCUUCUUAACAAGAACAAACAUCAUCAAGGUGGGCGACCUGGGCAUUGCCCGAGUGCUGGAGCACCACAGCGACAUGGCAAACACCCUCAUUGGCACUCCCUAUUAUAUGAGCCCUGAGUUGUUCUCCAACCAACCCUACAACUAUAAGUCUGAUGUUUGGGCUUUGGGAUGCUGUGUCUAUGAAAUGGCCACACUGAAGCACGCUUUUAAUGCAAAAGACAUGAAUUCCUUAGUUUAUCGGAUUAUUGAAGGAAAGUUGCCACCAAUGCCAAAAGUUUAUAGCUCAGAGCUGGCAGAGCUGAUCCGAACAAUGCUGAGCAGGAGACCUGAAGAGAGACCCUCUGUGCGGAGCAUCCUGAGGCAGCCUUAUAUAAAACACCAAAUAGCCUUAUUUUUGGAGGCCACAAAGGCAAAAACUUGCAAAAAUAACAUUAAAAACUGUGACUCCAGAGCCAAGCCUGUAGCUGCUGUAGUUUCCAGAAGGGAAGAACCGGAUCAUGAAGUGAUGCACUCCCAGCCCUGCUCUUCUGAGGGCUCCACUGCACACGCCAUGGGUGAAGAUAAGUGUUUGUCCCAAGAGAAACCAGUGGCCGUUGAUCCCUUGAAAUCACCUGCUAGCCUCAAAGGCCACACUGGCAAACCCGUCAUGAACAAUACGGCAGAGUCAUUUGCCACAAUCAGUAGAAUAAAUAUCGAUAUCUUGCCUGCAGAAAGGAGGAACUCAGCAAAUGAUGACAUAGUUCAGGAGCCUCAACCAAGACAGUCGGAUGCCUCUGAUGAAGUAGACAGUCAAUUCAGUAUUUCUCAAGAUAGGAAGGAGAGACUCCGGGGUGAUACCAAGUCCAGUGAUCAGCCUGAAAGUCUGCUUCACAGACGGUCCUCUGAUGAUUGUGAUGGGGAAGGGAAUGAACCGGUGAAAGACCAAAAGCCAGACCAGGAUCAAGUUACUGGUGUAUGUAUGAUAGAAAAACAGGAUAGCAUCCCCCUAAGAUUCCAGCCACACAGCUCUGUGUCUGAACCUUCCGAAUCUCGACAGCUAAGGCAGAAAAAAAGAGAACAGACUGACCAUGGUCAGGCAAAGAGCCAGUUCCAGGAGUCACCCCCUUGGCUUUUGCCUUCUCCCGCUCCUGUUGGAAAAGUGGACGUCGAAUCAGCACAACUAAAGGAUGGAAACCAAAGUCAGCCUGUGGCCGGCUCUGUAGACAGUUCAAGGGGCAGUUCAUCGUCGUUGUCCAAGGAUCGACCGCUAUCAGCCAGAGAGAGGCGGCGACUAAAGCAGUCACGGGAAGAUGCACUCCCCUCAGGCCCUUCAGUCCGGAGAACUCAGAGUGCAGCGGAGCCAGUGAAACCACAAGAAGACUACCAGCCUACCCCUGCCCGACGAUUCUCUUCUGACUGCAGCAUCCCUCAGGAAAAGAGACUGACACAUGGUCUGUCUGAGGAUGAGUUAAGUUCCUCUACAAGCUCAACUGACAAAUCAGAUGGGGAUUCUAGGGAGGGGAAAAGUCAUACGAAUGAAAUGAGUGACUUGGUACAGCUGAUGACUCAGACUCUAAAGCUGGAUUCUAAAGAGAGUUGUGAAGAUCUCCCAGUGCUAAAUCCAGUGCCAGAAUUCAGACUUCAUGGGAAGUAUCGCGACACGCUGGUACUUCACGGCAAAGUUUCAGAAGACGCGGAGCUUCACUGCAAAGAGCUGCCUUCAGCUAUCAUACCAGGUUCUGAGAAGAUCAGGAGAAUAGUUGAAGUCUUGAGAGCUGAUGUAAUCCAGGGCCUGGGGAUUCAGCUUCUAGAGCAGGUGUAUGACCUUUUGGAGGAGGAGGAAGAUGAAUUGGAGACAGAGGCACGAUUACGGGAGCACAUGGGUGACAAGUAUACAACUUACAGUGUGAAAGCUCGCCAGUUGAAGUUUUUUGAAGAAAAUGUGAAUUUUUGAGAUUUGUUCUAAUGUGCUGCCAGAACUAAAGACUAUUUUCAAAGGUUUUUCCUCUAAACAACAACAACAGGCCCUGUUUCAGUUAUUCAAAGGUCACUCACUCGCUGUCUUCAGUGUCUCUUUGGGGCUUCUUAGUAUGAAACAUGAGAUGGAGUAGACUCGUGAAACAAGUUCACAGAGGAAAAAACAAACUUGGGAUAUAGUUUUAUUUUUAUGGAGAAAAAUGUUAUAUUUGUUUGUUACUAUUUACUGAGCCUUAAGCCAACAUUAUACCUAGUUUAUUUUUUUAAGAUAUUAACUAGCUUAAAAUGGGGCCAGAAAACAUUGGAUUAUAUUGUACUACAGUGAAGAAAAAACUGACAUCUCGUAAUAUGUGGUAUUGUUUAUAACCUUAGAGAGUAGUGAUGUUUAUUUUCUAAUGUCAACUUAGUAUACUAUUCUGGGAAUAGAUUUAAAGAACGUGAAGUUCUGUGUUGCAUUUGAACAACGUUUUUUGAACAUAAAUGAACUUUUAUAAUAUUUUCAUUUAAUCUGAAUCUUAGUAAGUUUCAGUCUUUAGACUCUUAGGACGCUUGUGUCAUCUAAAGUAUAGAUUUGUGACUCAUUUCUUUUUUCUGUCAGCAAAAACAUCUCUUAAAUGUGAAUUCCUCUUUCACCUAAGCAGUGUCCAAGGAAAGCCCAGGUCCUUAGAUUCUAUUGGAUGCAGGCAAUGUUUUUCUUUAUGUAUAAUAAAGUGUCAGUUGAGUUUCUAGGUUUGUUUUUUGUUUGUUUUUUGUUUUGUUUUGUUUAUUGAGACAGGGUUUCUCUGUGGCUUUGGAGCCUAUCCUGGAACUAGCUCUUGUAGACCAGGCUGGCCUCCAACUCCCAGAGAUCCACCUGCCUCUGCCUCCUGAGUGCUGGGAUUAAAGGCGUGUGCCACCACCGCCCGGCUGAGUUUCUGUAUUUUAAAUGUAUAACUGUACGACUGGAUGCAGUGGUGCACACUUGAAUCCUAGCAUCUGAGAAACAUAGGGAGGUGGGUCAUGAGUUCAGGCUAGGCUGGAUGACUAAGUAAGUUCAAAGCCAGCUAUACUAGAGAUUUUCAUCGCAAAAAUAAAAGUCAUAAUUGUAUAUCAUAUGUUACUUAAUAAGUAAUGUUCAUGUAGAAAGAUUUUUACAAAUAAAAUACAAGUUUUUGAUAAA